CGCGGUGAAGAGGAAUCGUCGACCAAGCGUUAACUUGGCGCUUUGGAUCUGGACGGUGUGCUGUGUGCAGGCAGUCUGGCAGAUCAACAAGUCGCAGCGCAGUCCAACUGUCCAAGCAAGGCACGUCGGUCCAAGAGCGACGCUGCCGGCCCGGCCGCGCUGCUCCUCCGAGUCCGAGAUCUGAAGGCGCGGGAGGAAGGAAACGGGCGAAAGGAUCCAGCAGCACCCCGCGCGCGCGGCGGUUAACUUGUCCCAGGUCUCGGCGUGGCGCGGCGCCUCCCUCCCGGCCCUGCCGGUGAGAGCGCGGUCCGAUGAGGCGGCGGCCGUUCCUGGACCAGCGACGGCCGUCGUUCAAGCGCCGGUGGCAGCAGCGGCCGUGGUGGGUGCGCCUCUUGCUCUCCCUCCUCCUCGCCCUCGCAUGCGUCCUCCUCCUCGCUGUCCUCCUCGGCUCCCCCGACCCCGACACCUCGCCGUCCACCUCCGCCGCGUCCUCCGGAUCCGAGGCCACCUCCUCCCCUCUCCUCAGUCAGAGAACUUACUUGGAGGGAAUCACGGAUGCGCUCAACAUGACUGACGAAAUGCUGAGCGCAGGCUCGUUCUCGAGGCAGCUGAUGGACCAGAUUUAUCUAGCCAAAAUGUAUGUCGUCGUUGCCAAGGAGGCAAACAACCUGCAGUUUGUGGUGGAGCUUAGUGCCCAGGUACGGCGGGCACAGAGCAUCCUAGCCCACGCUGCAGCCCAUGGUGGCACGGUGAUGGAACAGGAAGCAGAGAAGGCGAUCAGGGAUAUGUCGGUGCUGCUCUUCCAGGCACAGCAGCUUCGGUAUGACAUCAGUAUCACGAUCAUGAAGUUGAAAGGCCAGAUUCAGUCCUUAGAGGACAAGUCGAAAGCUGAGGCAGAGAAGAGCACAAAAUAUGGCCAGAUUGCCGCUGAGGAGCUCCCGAAGGGACUUUACUGCCUUGGCGUUCGAUUGACCAUGGAAUGGUUCAAGAAUCCUGACCUUCAGAGGAAGUUUUCAGAUAGGAGCCCAGCAGCGCAGAGCAAUCUAAGGGAUAACGGCCUUUAUCAUUUCUGUGUCUUCUCAGACAACAUCCUUGCUGUUUCAGUUGUUGUUAAUUCUACGGCUAUAAACUCGAGGCACCCUGACAAGGUUGUUUUUCACCUAGUGACUGAUGAUUUGAACUAUGCUCCGAUGAAGGCGUGGUUUGCCAUGAAUAACUACAGAGGGGUCACUGUGGAGAUACAAAAGGUGGAGGACUUUACCUGGCUCAAUGCAUCGUAUGUUCCCGUUCUUAAACAGCUACAAAACGCUGCUACCCAGAAGUUCUAUUUCUCUGGCAGUGGUAAUCGUGGAACACCAAUUAAAUUCAGGAACCCAAAGUACUUAUCAAUGCUUAACCACUUGAGGUUCUACAUUCCAGAAAUAUAUCCUGAAUUGCAGAAGGUGGUAUUUCUUGAUGAUGAUAUUGUUGUUCAGAAGGACUUGUCAGAAUUGUUCACUAUCAACCUCAAUGGUAAUGUGAUGGGUGCUGUAGAGACUUGCAUGGAGACAUUCCACAGAUUUCAUAAGUAUCUUAACCAUUCCCACCCUCUAAUCCGUGCUCAUUUUGACCCUGAUGCAUGCGGCUGGGCAUUUGGUAUGAACGUGCUUGAUCUGGUUGAAUGGAGGAACAAGAAUGUGACAGGCAUAUAUCAUUAUUGGCAGGAGCGCAAUGCUGAUCAUACCCUAUGGAAGCUUGGGUCUUUACCACCUGGACUUCUUGCUUUCUAUGGCUUGGUUGAAGCAUUGGAUCCCAAAUGGCAUGUUUUGGGACUUGGCUACACAACUGUUGAUCUUGCUACUAUCAAGGAAGGGGCAGUACUGCACUACAAUGGAAAUAUGAAGCCAUGGCUCAAAAUAGGAAUGGAGAAGUACAAGAGCUUUUGGGAUAACUAUGUGGACUAUUCACAUCCUUUGAUUCAGCAGUGCUUCAUGCGUUGAUUGAUGUGUAUCGACAUUAUAAAUUUUUGUAAGCUCUGUGGUAGAUAUGUUCCAAGCGCAUGCUCCAACUGCCACACGGAAACAUUGUAAUUAAAUCAGUGGGCUUCGCUCUCAAGUUAUAAUCUCUGACAAAACAUCAGUGGCUGUCUAUAGUAUCUGUAUUUGAUGAAAUACAGCAAUCACAUAUCUCCAGAGUCCAGCCACAGGUAAACAACACAUGAGCUAAGACCGCGAUGUAGUAGGCUGCUACUUGAAUACAUCCAUUACAUACAUUCAUUACUUGUGACCAUUGAUGUAAUUUUCCAUUUUUUAUUUAUUGGGUGAGACAACCACAGAAUGGAGAUAAUGUAGAAUUGAUUUUAAAUUAUUGACUUGUUACAAGUUUUCAGUUAUGUAUCCAUAUUUAUUGGAUGCUGAAGACUUACGACAGCUAAGCCUUUCUGUUUAUUUUAUUUAUUAUUUAUACAUGUUGAGAAGUAAAGUCACAUAUCUCAUUUGCAGCUCUACCUGAAUUUGUUGUCUUUCUUACUGUUCAAUUCACAUCUUGUUUAAGGACAGUAAAGCUUAUUUGCAAAUACAUUUAUUGUGUGAUAAAAAAUACAUAUCUUGUGGGAAAAAGUUCAUAAAUACUAUAUUUAAUACGAGGGAAGUCUUUGCAUCCAUUUUAUCAGGAGAGACUAUGUAUGACUGGAUGGCAACGGGUCGGAUUCGGGUCGGGUAUAAUAAAUACCCGCCCACGACCGUACCCGCGGGUAUUAGCCAUACCCGCCAGCAAUUGUACCCGCGGGUAAAAAAUUGUACCAGUGCCCGUACCCAUCGGGUAUCAGGUACCCGCGGGUAUAUAUAUAUACUGUAUUUAUAUAUUACACCUGGGUGCAUUCAAUAUAGAGAAUGCACCCAGGCCGAACCUACGCGCCAUGGUCCGAGCCAACCGCCCCACCCAGGCCGAACCGACGUUUCGUCUUCGUCCCUCCCGCACGCUCCCGACAGAAUGCUACAAUUUUCGAACCAGACCAGCAGUUGCAUCUAGUUAUAUAGAAGUUGCAAUCACACCAGACCAGCAGUUGCAAUUACACCAGACCAGCAGUUGCAAUCAUAUUUUUUAACAAAAUUUCCCAGAGUUAUUCAGUACUUGCAAUCACAUCAGAGCAACUCAGCAGUUGCAUCCACACCACACCAGUAGUUUCAAUUACAACACACCAGCAGUUGCAAUCAUUUUGUUUACAUUUUUUAACAGAUAUUUGAGUAGAAUUAUACAACAGUUGCAAUCACACCUAAUGCGGGGUUGCAAUCACACCACACCAGCAGUUGCAAUUACACCUCUUUGUCCUGACACUAAAACCAGCCAACUUUGCAUAGUCAAGGUAAAAGAGGUAGGCUUGCCGCACCCUGGAGACAAACACAUCAAGUAUGUUUGCAUCCUGCAGAACAACACGCAAUCAUGAGUUUGCAAUUAGCGGAUACCCAUAGUUACAAUCAAUAAGCAACAAACGUUGCAACUGGAGUAACAACACAACAUGCAAUGGUAAUCAAGGAGUAAAAACAGAGACUCAAGUUUGCAAUUAGAGGAUACUCGCGGCGGGGGGCAGGGAGGCGCGCGUACAGCAGGGCCGAGGGCGUGCUCUUAUGGGGAGGCAUGCUCGGAGUGUUAUUGCACCCUGGGUGCAUUCAAUAUAGAGAAUGCACCCAGGUGCAUUUUAGUGCCGCCGUGUAUAUAUAUAUAUAUAUAAACAAUACAGAAAAAUUACAGAAAAUAUAAUUAUAACCAGCAAAAAUUCCAGAAAACUUAUGCGUACAGGGAACACUUCGAACAAGUCUUCAUGAAUUAUGCAUCAACACAGGCAUACAUAACAUAAUAUGGGAACACUUCAAGUCUUCAUGAUACAUGCUCACUAGUUUUUUAGUUUUUACGGAUAUCCAUGGGUAACCCGCGGGCGACAAAAAAUAUCCGUACCCGACCCGAUUUUAUCACGGGUCGGGCACAGGCAAGACCCGCGGGUACAAAUUCGUACCCGAACCCGCGGGUAAAAUUGCCAUCCCUCUUCAUCGCAUUUGGUUGAACUUUAGAUGAGCUACAACACAGGCAAGUGUUUACAGGAAAUAAAGUGUAAAUACAGUACAUAAUCAAGUCCACAGAAGGAAACCAUUUAUAAUAUGAAAAUAACUGUUACUUAUGCAGCCAUCAUCUACAAAAUGACAAAUGUAGUUGCAUAUAUGUUAUUCUCUUUUUUCUCUACUUCUGUUUGGAGUAUGCCUUUUCCAAUCCAAAGUUCAUGUGUUUGCUGCGGCAUCUACCUCAACAGCGGCCUUCCUAUUCCUUCUAGAUCUGGACCUUCUCCUUCUACGUCUCUUCCUUGUUUCUCUUCUCUCCUCGUUAUUUGUGGAUGUGCUGGGGUUUACAUCUGUUGGGUCGACAACAGGUUCCACUGCUUGUGUUUUGUUUUGGUUGGCUUCGCUCAAGGUGUCCACUGAGCUCGUGCCCUCAGGAUUUCUUUCUUUCUCAUUUUCCUUCUCGAGCACUUUACUUUCUCUGCCGUGGUUGCUGGCCUCGCCUUGAGGAUCUUCCACCUGUCUUGUGCCAUCCGGUUCUUCUUUGCUGGCUUCCUGGUUGUCUAUCAGUUUUUGGUUCCCCCGCUGAAGCUCAGAUCUAUCUAAAUGGCUUCCCUCUGAAGCAUCAUCUGAUUGCUCAUUGGCAUCACCUUUGUUCUGUUGAAACUGGCCAUCUUCUAUGUUGGUUGUUAACUUUAAGAACUGUUCUUGUGAGGAACUGUUAUCUUGUUGGUUGCUCUCCCAUGCAGUGGUGUUGUAGGAAUUUUGUUCUUCUGCAGUAACAGGUACAGAACCAUUGGUGCUUUCAGAUUUGUCGAGUACCACAAGGUCAGAAGUUUCAUUAUCUUCUUUUGCUUCCACUAUAAUGUUCUCAUUCUGGUGGCUGCUAUCUGAUGCAUUAGUGUUGCUUGAAUUUUCUUUUUCUGGAGCAGGCAUGGAAUCGUUGGAGUUUUCAGAUUUGUCUACCACGGUUUCAGAAGUUGCAUUUUCAGUGUUUGCUCCCACUACAAUGCUCUCAUCAUUGUGGCUGCUCUCUGAUAUUGUAGUAUUGUUGGAAUUAUCUUCUACUGUAGCAGGAAUGGGAUCACUGGAAUUUUCGGAUUUGUCAAGAUCAGGCUCAGCUUCUUUCUGCUGCAGGAGUUCCUUUAUAGUUAUCGUCUGAUCUGGGUUUGAAGCAACUGCAUUCUCUUUUAUUUGGUUGAUAUGGCUCUCUUUCUCCACAAGAGCUGCUUCCAAUUCUUUCUGCGUGUUGGUAAGAUAUGUCGUGGUAGUUUCUGAAUCCAUGAGCUUGUUUUUCAAUUCUGCCCUCUCAAUACUUAGGACAGAUGUUUUGGCUUCCAGUUCGUCCACUUUCCUCCUCAUCUCUUUGUUAAUUUCCUUUUCUUUCUGCCAAAAACAAGACAGUAAUAUUUGGUUGAUGAGGUGUUUUUGAAUAACAUGCUGGAUAGAUAAUUCAUAGAACACAAUAAAAAUAAAAGGCAGAUAGAAUGCUCUAAAGUGCUACAGCUAUUGCAGUUUACAUCAUCAAGUGGACUGUACUUACUGGCAGAAUAGUUUCAGUAUUUACUUGCAGAAUAAGAGGAUGUUCAAUUAAAUAUAGCGACUUAGGCCAUCUCCAGCGGAUCCUCUAUAUCAUCCUCUAUUUCAAACUUUACUCUGUAAACAGUGUCAAACAGUGUUAUCUACAAUUCCGUGUUCCCUAUUUUAUACGAUUCACCAAAGACAACCUUAGUUGCCUACAGAUAAAUUUAUGUCUGCAAAUAGUGUCAAUAUUGAAGUCCUCUCAGGGGCGAUUUAUUAUGUGGACUACCUUAUGACUGCAUGAUUCUAUGUUUGAUAGUAUCUUCAUGCUUUGGGUAUGGAAAGAUUUUGCAUGUGCAACACUGUAGUUUUGUUGAAUCCAUCUUUCUUCUGAGGCCCUAUUUAUAAUGCGGGAAUCUUUCUCCUGUAAAUUAUCAUGUUUCCAUUGAAGCACCUGCAAAAUUUGUGCUUAAAUACACCCUAAAUUGGCAAUAUGAUGGUUCUUUCAUGAAAAUGCCGAUUGCAAAUAGAAUCAUACUUUGCAUGACAUUGUACUGUUUCUUAUAUUUUACUUACUAGUGGUAUCAAUAAUUCCCUAAUUUAAGCAUUACAGGCAAUCCUCUAUAUUCAGUUGAUAGAUCUCGACUUUUGAAGUAUUAUGCGCAAACACAUUUUUAAUCUAUUUGAUGAUGAAACGUUUCAAAGAGAACUGAGGUUGUGGUGUUCUAUCAACUCAUUUUUUUUGUGCUCAGUUUAGUGCACUAUGCUUAAUUUAAUGGCCCUAUGUAUUCCAUCUAGAGACCUGGAGGUGUUUGGAGUUAAUUGAAUGCUUGUAGUCUGAGAACCUUGUUUCUUUGAGGGCACUACAUUCUGUCAUAUAUUCGGUUUUAUCUAAAGAAAUCUUAUCUGUAGGACACUCUGACAAGAUUCCUUUUUUGACAGUGUUGUAUUUGUAUAGAGUGGUUUAUUAGGUGUCCUGUAGGUCUUCAUACAGGUGGAACUAUGUUCUUCAGAACUUCAGAUGGAUACUAUGAGCAUUAAUUUCUUGCUUGUAUUCGUUGAAUAAAGGGAGUAAACUGAAGUGGUGGCAUAUUGUUUGAGAGUACUUAAUUAAUACUCUCUCUGUCUUAAACUUUAAGAUAUUUUAACUUUUCUAAAUACAUCAAUUUUAUUGUGAAUCUAGGUACGUCGCAAAGCCUAUGUAUCUAGCAAAAAACGGAUGGAGUAGUUAAUAGUCCAGGACUCUGGGUGACAAAAGCAGGGUAUCCAUUAUCUACUGACAGAGUCGGCCAAAAAGUGCAGGCACAGAGAAACAUGUAUUCAGUCAAGCAACAGCUCUACCUAUUAGAAGCACAAUUGUGGUUCAUGCAAAAAAAAAAAUUCUCGAACGCGGCGGAUGCAUGAAAACGAGUCAUGCAUACCCGGUACCUCGAGGAGGACUUGGAAGGAGAUGAGCUGCUGGUCGCGUUCCUGGAGGAGGACAGCAAGGACGCGGCGCUCCCUCAUCUUGUGCAGGAUGCCGACGCUCACCGCGGCGGCUCCGACGGCCAGCAGCACCAGCAGAAGGCGGAUUUUGUGAUGCUGUUUACUGCAGAAUGGGGCAAAUGCUGUGGCAGCGGCUUGAAGGAACUGGGGUUUCCUUUUCGGUUGCUUCGGUUCUGGAAAGAGAAGCAAGCUUGCUUAGGAAUGGUGUAACGAGGCACUAGGUGGCGCCAAGUCUUCUUGCUUCAAGGUGGUGAUGCACAUGCUCAUCUCAGUCUAGCAGUAGCGAGAAACAUACAUUGAUUGGUUCAACCCAAACAAACGUAAUGUUGAACAAUCUCGUUGUAACCCUACUCAUUUGUCGUUGCGGUGUUAAAUUAUUUUAACCAAAAUAUGGUGAAUGUACUAGGUGGGCGGACCAAAUCAUUUAA